AUGGUCGUCUUGGGCGAUGGAGACGAGAAAGGUCCUCCUGAAGCUGGGGAAGAACAGCGCCGGGUCGUAAUGUUGGAUCAAAGUCAAAUCGAGGCUCUCCUGGACCUUGAGGAGGACGAGCAUGGUUUCGACCAAGGCAAUCCAAAGACCGCUUUGGAUGGCAAACAACGAUGUGCCACUUCUAUAGUAUGUCCUGAUGGCGUGACAAGGCCAACAGGAGGGAAGGCAGUGACGUUGACUCUCGAGCAGGUGGAAGCAUUGAUCCGGGCUGUCAGCCAUGGUUGUCACGGAGAAAACGGCGACCGAGAGACGGCUAAGAAUGACUCGGUCUCCACUGUGAAAACAGACCACGGUGCUGCGAAAAUAACUCACACGCAGGUUGAAGCGUUGGUCUGCAUUGGCAGUCAGGUCAUGGGUAGAGACAGAUAUCAUCGCGAACUAGACCCCAAGGGACUAGAUACAGGAGAGGAGGUUGAUCAAGGCAAUCAAGAGGCUCAUUUGGGAGCGGGUGGUGCUUCUUCUGCAACUCCUCAAGAUGGUGCGACAGCACAAUUGAAAGAUGCACUUACUUCCCAGCAGAUUAAAGCGUUGGUAAGGGCUGCCCUGGACGGAGACAAGAAAGCCUUGCAGCACGUUUUAAAAGUUGCCGUGGGUGUUGAGGCGGAAGAAGCACCUCCGGUUGAACCAACGCUGUUGCAGCGAGGCAAUCCUAGGCAAUCUUCGAUGCCGGGGGCAUUCGCUAUUGAACGUUCCAAUUCAGGAUGGACUGGUGAAAGUGAAACUGAUCUAAACAGUUCUCAAAGCUCCUCAGAUUCCCUCGAUGAGGAGGCUGGGAACUCACCUGAUCUCUUUGAAGCUGUACUAGUCCCAGAAGAGGAUGCCGAGACCAUGGGCUCGUCAGAAGACAUCCCCCAAGCCAGCAUUGUCCGAAAGCCGUGGUAUACAACUCGGAUUGGCCUAUACGCCUUUGCUGGCCAUGUGUUCUUGAUUGCGGCUGCUCUCAUGGCCGGUUUCGUCUGCCUCGAUGGGAGAUGCAAACCAGCUCACCACAAUUACAGCGUCGGUAGGAAUCCGUUGAUCCGCGGUUCAAUUACAGGUACACCCGUUCCUGUCGGAACGGCCAGCCCCACAGCUCUGCCAAUGCCCGUCCCUUCUAACGUUUCACUGGUGCCUGGUGAGAUGCGUAUGCUGAGGAUAGAAGGUCUGUUCGACCUUCAGACCUUUCCAGAAUGGCCUUCCAAAAUAUUGAAUUUCACUAUGGAACUCAUCAACAACAAGACGGACGGUUGGCAUGAUGAUGUCCUUCCAGAUACCGUCCUCCAAGGAAGCAUGCAUGACUCGGCCUGUGAUGCUGAUAUUGCCGUAGGCGCCUACCUGAAUGUUUCGAAGACAGUGGACGAUCCUUUUGCUAUCGUGGGCUGCCGGUGUUCCGGAGCUACCAUGGCGGUGGCAAGGCUGAGCGGAAUCGAAAAUAUUCCAAUACUGUCCCCUUCGGCUUCGUCUGCGAAGCUGAGCAGCACCAUCGGUUAUCCAACCUUCUCGAGAAUGAUGGCUGCGGACAACGAGGCCGGCCUUGUGGGAGCAACGGUAUCUCUCAUUCGAGCCUUUGGAUGGAACCGCAUCUCAAUCAUCAACACAGAUACUCAAUAUGCAAGCGAUCACUCGAUACAAUUGAGUAACGCGUGGAGAGGGGAACAUGGAGGCGAUGAUCCAUUCGUUGGUGAAAUUGCGUUUACGGAUACAAUAGAGCUGAAUUCUAGCAGCGGCCAAGUGGACCAGUCUUCCGUGCGAAGAGUGCUCAGUUUCGUUCCUACAGACAAAUCAAAGGUCAACUCGAGAGUGAUAGUUCUAAUUGCUCACCACGACCAUGCCUUUGCCAUCUUGAAGACUGCUACUGAAAUGAAAUUCCAGCCUGACACAAUCUGGAUUGGUGCUUCUGCAUGGAUUGAAGGAAAGUCAGACACGUCGUGGAUGCCCGAAGUACCUGGUUACAUCGGUCUAACGCCCCAUCGGAAUUUCGAGUCGCCAGUCUACAAGGAUUUUCUUGCGAGACUGAGGCAGUACGAAGCGGAACAACCCUUACAGCAAACAGAAAGCCUCGAUCAUAGGGCAGAAUUACUUGUUGAUGGAAUUAUAACGCUUGCCAAAGCAUUCACAGCCGUACCUGCAGAUCAACGCAGGAAUGGGGUGCACGUAUCGAAGGAACUCAGGCGAGUCAGCUUCGAUGGAGUGAGCGGCCCCGUUGCGUUCCAUGAGAAUGGAGACUUUUUGAAUCCCAGUUUCACUGUCAAGACACUCUCAAGCAGGAGUACACAGUGGACGGACGUGGGCUUGGUAACCCCCAAUUCCGCGUUUGUCGAUUUUAGCAAGAUCUGCUACGCACAAGUUGGCUGCGUGUCUUCAAUUCCAGGCGAUGCGUAUGAUUUGGCUCCUCCAUUGGCGUGGGUCUGGGUAGUCAUUGGAUUGCUCUUGGUUUUGUCGAUGCUAAGCUUUCUGCAGAUGACCAUGCGAAUCCGAGAUCAGAAGGCUCUCGUCCACCAGGUUUAG